GAGAGAGGUUUUGUAGCGCAGUGGUGGCCGGAUCUCCCUCACUCGCUCCCUCGCUUAACUCUUGCUUGUAUUUAAAGGGACAAACUUAAACCCGCACCAAGUAUUGUGAUAGAGAGAAAAAGAGAAGGAAGGAGGCUUUUUGUUAGAAGUUUUGUGGACUUUUAAGUGUUUUUUUUUGGAUUAUUUUUUUAGGUGUCGCCCCAUGGUGCACGCCCCCACGCCCGUAGCGCCAUGACGAGAAGCAGCGCGUGGACGGUGUGGGUGUGGGCGGCGGUGUGGGCGUGUGUGCUGCAAGCCGCGGGAGGACAGUUCGCCCUGGUGGUGCCCGCCUUCUCCUUCCCUGGGGCACCCCGACCCUUCGCCUCCCCCCUCAUCAGUCUGCGGCCCGGGGCUGGAGCCCCCCUCACCCCCGGGGCGCGCCUGCCCGCCCCUCGCCGCGGCGCUUCCACCAGGGAGAGUGAGAUCGCCGCUAUCUUUCGCGGCGUGGCGUACGGCGCCCCCACCGAGGCCCCCGCCCUUCCCACGUCCGCCCCCUCCACGCCCGCAGCCCUCACCUCGCCCAUACCCGCACCCGCCGCCGCCACCACCACCACAGCAUUUGCCGCCACCACCGCCACUGCCACCAUCGCCACCCCUGGGGCGAUGACCAUCCCCACCACCACCACCUCCCCCACCACCUCUACCAGCACCACCACCACCACCACCACCACUGUCUCUGAUGCACCCAGCACUGGCCCCGAGGACGUGCAGGUGGUGUGGGCGGGGCGGGGCAGCCCCAAGGAGCAGUACGCGGUGCGUGGCGCCAACAGCACCAGAGAGGCUGGAGGCGUGGCGGCGCCCCGGGACAUGGGCGUGGUGCGCGGGCGGCUGGGCGCGGCGUGGUGGGUGCACGUGUACGUGUCCGCGGGACUGCUGGCCCUCGUGGCCGCCGCCGCCCUCUGCUGCCUGGCCAGGGCGGCCCAUGCCUCGUCGCGCCCGCGCCCCGCCCUGUUGGCCGCCCACGCCCUUGUGUUCUUGGCUGCCGCCCUGCGCGCCCUGCAUCUAAUGCACGAUCCCUACGGCGCUGGGGGGCGGCUCCCCCUGGCGGCCUCCGCUGUGAUGUGGGAGGCGGCGUGGCCGUGCCUCACCGCCGCCCUGGCCCUGCUGGCGCUGCUGCUACUGCGGGCGGGGCGCCGCGAACCUGAGCCACGCCCAUACCUCGCCCGCGCCCUGGCCCUGCUGUCUGCCCUGCACGUGGGCGUGUUCCUGGCCGCCCGCGUGGCCGCCCGCCUGCUGCCGCCGCACGCCGCGCCCCUCAGGGUGGCUGCCAGCGCCGUGGCCGCCACUUGGGGCGCUGGAGUGGGCGUGUGCCUGCUAUGGGCAGCAUGGCGGCUGGAGCAGAGCAGUGGGGGGCGCCGUGCCCUACUGGUGGGAGCGCGGGCCGGAAGGCGCCCGGCCCCCGUGCCCGCCCUGGCCCUGGCCGCCAGCCUGGCACAGCUGCUGCUGGCGGCGCUGCACCUCUACCUGCUGGCCGCGCCGCCAGUCAUCCCCGCUCGUCCGUGGGCGUGGUGGGCGCGUGCCACGCUAUGCCGCGGCCUGGAGGUGGUGGCGGCGGCGGCGGUGGUUGGCGCCGCCGGCCUGCUGGCCCGUGGGCGGCCUGUCGCCGCCGCGCGCCGCGGGGAGAGUGCAAUUUUCUCCGUGCUGAGCAGCUGUGGGCGUGAUGGGCGGCCCGGCCUGAAGGGCGGCCACGUGUUCCCGGAGAAGCAGCAGCACGCCCUGCGCCAGGCCCUCAAGCCGCCGCCGCCGCCGCAGUGGUGCGCGCCCGCGGCCACGCACUCUGUCACCUCGGACUUCCAGCUGCUGUGGCGAAACAGCGAGGGGCGCGGCGAGGCGGUGGGCGCCGGCGCCUCCAUGCUGGUGAGCGACGGAGGCUUCGUCAGGUUCAGGACGCAGGACGACGCCAUGGCGCCCCCUGCCUACACCGUGCAGGCCGCGCCCCCGCCCUACGCCGCCCAGACCCUGCCGCCCCCUGCCCGCUACUACUGCCCGCCCUCGGCCAGCCUGCCCCGCCCGCGCCGCCCCUCCUCCUCUACCUCCACCUCCCGCAGGGCAAAGCUCCGCCACGCCCACUCCGCCCGCCGCCUGCAGACGCUGCCGCCCGCCUCCGCUGCUCGCCCCGAAACACGCCCCCCGCCCCAGUACGAGGUGGCGCCCUACCACCUGCCGCCGCCUGCCGCCCACACGUACGCCACGCCGCUGGGGCGCAGCGCCGCCUCGUCCCUGUCCGAGGAGGUGCAGGUGGACUACCUCACCGACGCCUCCAACGCCUCCUCCUGCGACGUCCCCCGCCGCGCCCCGCCUCCCGCCACGCCCGCCGCCCUCACGCUGCCCCUCCUCGCUCACGCCCACGCCCCCGGCCACGUCCAGGGCGGCGCCACGCCAGACUCCGCAGUGGUGCUGGAUUUCUCCCCUUGCGAAGGCGUCACCACUCCGGGGGCGCGGCACGGCCUGCUCACCAAGCUAGUGGGGGGCGGCAUGGGGGGCUACGCACCCCUCCACGUAGAUGACGCCUCCCCGCCCCCCUUCCAGGCGCCCCCACGCACGCGACGCUCCCCCGUGGACACCGUCACCCCCCUGUAGCACCCCUGCCCCGCUCACCACACCGCCCCCCACUGACUGUGAUAAUGUUGUCUAUUUUUGUAAGUGUUUAAGUGUAAGUGUGCGGGCACCCCCGGGGCCUGCACCGGGAGACAGACCUGCACCCGGGGCCUGCGCGCCAGACACCCCGGGGCCGCGCCGCCCUAGUCAAUCCAAUAAAAAAGAAACACGGAACUGAUCCUUUGUGUUGUGUCCUUGAUUAACACCCCCCAUCCACCCCCCUCACACGUGCCCUCCACCCCCCGUGACCUGCACCUCACACCGCCUGCCCUCCACUACUCCUCCUCCCACUGUAUUCCCUCUUUUCAGUCCUUCCACCUAUAUCUUCCUACUCUUCUUUCUUCUCUCACCCUCCUGCACCUCCUCCUCCUCCUCCUCCUCCUUCUCCUCCUCCUCCUCUUCCAGGUGACGUAAAAAUUGUUCUCCUCUUCCAGGUGACGUAAAAAUUGUGUGACAAGCAGGUAGAGAACGUGUGUGUGUGUGUGUGUGUGUGUGUGUG